AUGGGCGACGGUUCAAGUAGUAACGCGUUCCUGAGGAACUUGUCCCAAAAAAAGUACUCAUGGAUGCAGUCGUCUUCUACAUCUGCGAAUAACGAUCCUACAAAUGGUAGCAGUAGUGCUGCUGCACCGUCGUCUAACACCACAAACAACAACAACACAACCUCUUCCUCGUCGUCUUCUUCCUCUUCCCCUACAACGGCAACAACGCCUUUAACCAACCCAAAUAACAAUAGCAAUAAUAAUAACAACAGCACGAGCAGUCCAAAAUCGCCAGCGAAACCCAUCAAUACAAAAGAAUCCAGUGACAAUAGCCAUAAACGGCCGUCUGACGAUCUAGGUCGAUCUCAUAAAAAGCCACGACAACAAGACCGAAAAUCGUCACUUACGUCUAGUAGUGCUGCUAGAUCGAAAAACAACAUUAACGAUGAACGAGACGUGUCAAGUAGCACUACCGGUGGUAAUGGUGGUAGUAGUAGUACUGCUUCCGGCGGCCCCACUACUACAACGGUGAAUAAUGCUACUACCACCACUGCUAAAGCAAGUGCGCGAAACUAUAGCAAUGGCAAAGCUACACCUUUCGUUUCACCAUCGCCAGCCCCAGACGACAUUCCGAACGAGAAACAACCAAAAUUCAAAUAUACAACGUUUCCAGCUAAAGGAUUUACCAUUUUGCCUACGCGUAAUGUUACGAGCGGAUUCGACAAAACAGACGCCACAUAUUUUCCUGGUAAUAAGGCUGGUUCAGAAGCUAUUGCUCCUAAUCCUGAGGAAGAAUGGAGGGACACGAUAGUGAUACAUCCAGGGUCGCGUAACCUGCGUAUUGGUCGAUCUUCUGAAGCGUUUCCCAAAACUGUGCCUCAUGUUAUUGCUCGACGGCAGAAAAACAAGAACGACUCAUUAUCAGCAGCAAUAGCAACAAAAGCAAAAACAACAGCAGAAGAAGCUUCGGAUGAUGUGGCAAAAACAGCAGCUGCCGUGGCUCAACAGCAGAAAAAGUCCAACGGAACUGACAGUAAUAAUGACAAAAUGGAUGUUGACGAUGAGGAGGAAAACGAAGACGAUGAUGAUGACGAAGAAGAAUCACCGUUAUCGUCGCCUGAAGAUGAUAUCGAAGAAAGUGAGAGCGCACCACCACCACCAGUAACGCGUCGAGCAGCUCUGGAUGCAACUAGUACGGCAAAUAAUCGUGAAGAAGCCUUACGCGAAAUCAAAAAUGAACUCAAAUGGCGCAUGAAGGCAGCAAAACGACGGGCCGUGCCCAAUGCUGAAAGUCAAGUGGUUGGAUUUAAUACCCAAGCAUAUCAAGAAACGAUUCCGGAUCACAACGAUCCUUACAAGGUUGAAUGGACUGAAGUCACCAAGAUAAAUAAACCAGAAUACUUCGUGGGAGAUAAGGCAUUAAAUUUGCCCAUUGCUGAUAAUCCCGAGUAUCGAUUACUGUAUCCAUGGAAAUACGGCACCUUGAAUAGUCAGGACUAUGACUCUGUUGAAGAAGUAUUGGGUGAUUUGCAAGCAAUUUGGACCGAGACAAUUCGGGCUGAGCUUGAUAUUGAGGAAACAUCAUUUGAGGACUAUAAUGCAGUUCUGGUGAUUCCGGACUUGUUUAAUCGUCGUUAUACAUGCGAACUCUUGACUAUGCUAUUGAGAUAUAUGGGAUUCAGGGGUGCACUAGUUCAGCAGGAAUCCACUUGCGCGACUUUUGGCGCGGGCGUAUCAAGUGCAUGUGUUGUUGAUAUCGGAUCGCAAAAGACCAGUGUGGCCUGCAUUGAAGAUGGCGUAUGCUUUACGGAUUCACGGAUGACUAUAGCUAUUGGCGGUGACGAUAUCACAAAAACGUUUGCAUCCUUUCUGUUAGCAAACCGAUUCCCAUACGCUGCUAUUAAUUUGGCAAAGUCGUAUGAUUGGCGAUUGGCACAAGAACUCAAAGAGAAAUGGUGUACCAUGAAUGAAGCCGAUAUCAGUGUCCAAGUAUAUGACUUUUUUGUUCGUGUUCCACGGCAGCCAACGAAAAAGUUCCAAUGCAAAGUGUAUGAUGAGGUGUUCCUUGCCCCACUAUGUUUGGUUUAUCCUGCCAUUUUGAACGCCAAGGAAAAGACAAAGCAUACUAGAGUAUGGGCAAACGCAAACGUCAUUGAUGAUAUUGCAGAUGAAGCAUACGCGGAAUCUAGUACUGUGCCUACAGUAUGGCGACCUCAACAACAAUUGCAACAGCAGCUACAACAACAGCCUACUUCUUCGACCACUACCGAAACACCGUCUACACCGAAUAAUAAUGCAACACCACAACCACAAGCACGACCUACAUACGCUACUGGUAUUGAACGAUCCAACAAUUACGACGUUUAUCCCAUCGACGUAGCUAUUGCCGAGUCCAUAAGGAUCGCAUCUGGAUCAUCUGACGAACGACUUAAGCGGUUCUUUACGAAUAUUAUCCUCGUUGGCGGUGGUGGCAUGAUUAGCAAUUUCAAUCGGGUUCUGGAAGACAGAAUUUUAUCCACUGUUAUUGCUCGACGAGCAGCAAUAGAACGUGUUGAAGUGCUCCCGGCUCCUCGUGAAUUGGAUCCACGGUUAUUGAUGUGGAAAGGUGGUUCUGUAUUGAGCAAAUUAGAUACAGCCAAAGAAAUGUGGAUUGGACAAGAAGAAUGGAGUAAUGUAGGCGCUCGAUGCUUACGCGACCGUGCUUUAUUUGUCUAA